UGCUUAUACUGAAUGACAGAAAAUGUGGGAUUUUUAUAUCUGGAUUAUUUAUACAGUUUGUGUCGGUGGGGAUCGGUUAUGGUUAUAGCGUAAUGUUUGCGGAACUCCUUACAGUAUUUAACAGCUCAAGAUUCGAAGCUUCUUUUGUUCAAGGAAUAUACUUUUGUAUGACUUUCAGUGGAGGCAUAUUAUGGGGUUGGAUUAUACAAAAGUUAGGCACAGGGCCAUCAACUAUAUUUGGUAUUCUUUUAUCUACCGUCGGGCUUAUUGGAUGCUCAUUUGCUAUCAAUAUGGCAGAAAUUAUUGCUUUUGCUGGCUUAGUGAGUGGGAUAGGCAUGAGCGUUUGCUAUCUAUCGACAUUUAUUUCUGUAAGUGAGGCAUUCAAGAAAGAUCCUCGCUUAUAUCUGACAGCUCUUACACUCGGGGCAAGCUUUGGACACGUUGCUGUCCCGAUGAUAUUUGAGAUUGUCAUUGCCAAGUUCUUUUGGUCAGGAGCAUUUGUCAUUCUCGCGGGUUUCGUCUUACAGUGUUUGCCAUUUGCAAUAAUAUUGUACGCACGGUCUGACUCUCUUAGUGACGUCAAACAAGGAGCAUCAUCAACGCCAGUUGUUUGUGAUACCAACAUUUUCAAAGAUUUUACUCUGUGUUCGAUAAUGUUUAAUGUCCUCCUGAUGUUUAUGACAGGAAAUAUUGAAGGUCUUUUUAUUGUUGACCAAAUGAUUGAUAAUAACUUUACGAGGAGUGAAGGCUCGAUUGUGAUAUCAGUAACCGGUGUGGCUGCUGUGCUUGGACGUGCUCUUGCUAGUUUAAUUGUGUUCAAAUGCAAAAAAUGGCCAAUGAUGAAUCAUUUCAUAUAUUUGUGUUUAAUUUUGGCUGCUGCACAUACACUUGUAUUAAGAUUUAUAGAUUCUUUUAAACUUUUAAUGCUGGCAUGCGUUUUACGCGGAGCUGCAUUCAGCAUGUUCAAUGCACUCACACCUACAGUAGUAUAUGAAGCGUCGGGGUACGAGAAAUACCCAGCAGCGAUGGCAUUUGCUAACGUGUCAAUAGGUCUUGGAGACUUUCUCAGUUGUGUUUUAGGAGGUACAGCUCGGGAUGUGUUUGGAAAUUAUAACAUGGUGUACUACGUUUCCAUCGGAACUGCUGUUUACGUCACAAUGAGUAGCAUGAUAAAUGCAUAUUUGAUAAGACGUAAUAAUGAACGGAAAAACUGUGAACUGAUUAAUGAUGUAAAUUCAAAAUUAGGCUACGAUACCCUGAAAUAAUUUGUGCAAGACUUUAAGCGAGUUACUGAAAAUACUUUGCUUGUUUAAAUUUUUUAUCUGUAACAAAAUAAAUACUCGUACCUGUGCUGUGACCUAACACAUUAAAUUGAUAUAAAUAUUAGAAAAGUCUAUUCCGAAAUGAGAGGACUCUGUUGUUGACGAUAUUUAAAAUGUUUCUUAUUACAUUCGCCGUAGUGGGAAAUUUUUCAUUACCCUUGAAUUCAUAUUUAUUUUUCAAAUACUUGAAAAUAAUAUAAUCACGACAUUUUGUUGUAAACAGUCGUAGUUAAAUAGCAAUAUAUCUUAUGGAAACAGUUUUAAUCCUGUGUCAUAUACAAGUAGUAUCGUUAAAACAAAUAUAAAAAUAGACACAGUCAUAUGAUCUAAAAUAAUUCAAGGUUUUGAAAUAACGUGCGUUAAUUCGACUUUGAAGUUACACACGUAGCUUCAACAGUCUGAUAUGUCUUUACAAUCAUUUGUUUUAUCUGACAUAGAUGCAGAUGAGAUAAGGCUAUUUAUUUAAGUGAAAGGGUUUACCUGAAAAAUGUUAGAUAGAAAUGAAUGUAAAUUUAUGGAAGCUUCCAUAACAGUUUGCCUAAAUAUGAAAGUAAAGAAAAUACCUUUUAGAUAAUGGAAAAAUAAUUGCUUUAUAACAAAGUCAACGUGCCUUAAAAAAAGAUGUGUUUUAAGUCCGAUACUGAUAGACAAAAGAAGAACGAAAGCAAAUAUUCAAGCUAGAUAUUUGAAUUCAAUUAUAGAUAACAAGGGAAAGGACGCUAAUAUAUAUUCUAUAUCAUGCACCAUGUGCAAAAUAGAAAUUAACUUGUACAAUUUUAAUUAAAUAUAUUUUGAUUAAUAAUAGCAUAUGUACAAAUAAAAGAAAUCAAAUCAUAAAAUGUUUAUUUAGCAUAUUUUAAUCAAUAAUAGCACACGUGCUUAUAUUGUCACAGUAGACUGUAAUAUAUUUUGUUCAUUAGGUUAAUUAAAACGGCUAAAUUGCAUGAUUCUGGCAAAUAAAAUAUCAGUCUGUUCUGACAAAUGAUAUGAAAACGAAUUGGUUCGUGAUUAUUUUAACAUCUGUUAAUUAUUGAAUAAACCUUCAUCUUUCGAAUUUGUUGAUUACAGUUUAGUAAAUCUUAGCAUUUU